AUCUAGGACAACUAAAGCAACACACAUAUUUCAGUCUCAGGUUCAUUGAAGCAAUGUUAACAUAUUUUCUGUUUUGUUUCUGAAACUCUUAGUGGACCAAAGCAUUGCCAGAAAGGAUGUAGUAUUCCUGCUGGAUGGUUCUGAUGGCACUAGGAAUGGCUUUCCAGCAAUGCGUGACUUUGUUCAAAGAGUGGUAGAGAAACUCACUGUGGAGGAGAACAGAGAUCGAGUCUCUGUGGUCCAGUAUAGCAGAGAAUCAGAGGCCCACUUCUAUCUGAACACUUACACAACAAAGGAAGACGUUGUGGACACCGUAAGAGGCCUGAGGCACAAAGGAGGGAGACCCCUCAACACUGGGGCAGCUCUCCAGUAUGUCAGGGACAAUGUCUUUAUUGCCUCCUCCGGAAGUAGGCGCCUUGAAGGUGUUCCACAGAUUCUGAUACUGCUGAAUGGUGGAAGGUCCUUUGACAAUGUAGAUACACCAGCGUCUGCUCUCAAGGAGCUUGGUGUCUUGGUGUUUGGAAUUGGAACAAGGAGCUCUGAUAGCAGAGAAUUACAAAAAAUAUCCUAUGACCCCAGUUAUGCUCUUUCCGUGUCUGAAUUUACUGACCUCCCCAACGUCCAACAGCAGCUUCUUUCUGCUAUGAGCACUGUCAUUGUACAGGUCACAACCAUGACACCAACAGUAAUACCAACAAUACUAGUUGAGAGUCAGGCUCCCAGGAGGGAUGUCGUGUUCUUGCUGGAUGGAUCUGAUGGCACUAGGAGUGGAUUCCCAGCAAUGCGGGACUUUGUUCAAAGAGUAGUGGAGACACUCGGUGUGGAUGAGAACAGAGAUCGCGUGGCUGUGGUCCAGUACAGUAAAGAUCCAGCAGCCCAAUUCUAUCUGAACACAUACACAACAAAAGGAGAGAUUCUCAACACUGUAAGAGGUCUGAGACACAAAGGUGGGAGACCUCUUAACACUGGAGCUGCUCUCCAGUAUGUGAGAGACAAUGUCUUUACUGUCUCCUCCGGAAGUCGACGCAUUGAAGGUGUUCCACAGUUACUGAUUCUGCUGAGUGGUGGAAGGUCCUUUGACAAUGUUGACACUCCAGCUUCUGCUCUGAAGGAGCUUGGGGUCUUGAUCUUUGGAAUUGGAACAAGGAGCUCCGAUAGCAGAGAAUUGCAGAGGAUAUCACGUGAUCCCAGUUACGCUCUGUCUGUCUCUGACUUCACUGACCUUCCAAACAUCCAGCAGCAACUUCUGUCCUCGGUGGAGGCAGUUGUUAUUGAGGUUACGCCAGAAUCGACAACAGAUUUAGUUGAUCAUGACACCUCCAGAAAGGAUGUGGUAUUCCUUGUGGAUGGUUCUGAUGGCACAAGGAAUGGAUUCCCAGCAAUGCGUGAUUUUGUUCAGAGAGUAGUGGGGAAACUCAAUGUGGGAGGAGACAAAGACCGCGUUUCUGUUGUCCAGUACGGUAGAGAUCAAGAAGUUCAUUUCUAUCUGAACACAUACACCACAAAGGAGGACAUUCUUGACACUGUCAGAAGUCUGAGGCACAGAGGAGGUAGACCCCUUAACACUGGGGCAGCCCUCCAAUACGUACGGGACAAUGUCUUUACUGCCUCCUCUGGAAGCAGAAGCCAAGAGGGCGUCCCUCAGAUGCUGAUACUGCUGAGUGGGGGAAGGUCCAGUGAUAAUGUUGACAUACCAGCUUCUGCCCUGAAAGAGAGUGGGGUCUUGAUCUUUGGCAUUGGAACCAGAAAUUCCAGCAGAGAGGUUCAAAGGAUUGCCACUGAUCCUAGUUUUUCCCAGUCUGUUUCUGAAUUCUCUGACCUCCCCAGCGUCCAGGAGCAGUUUUUCUCCUCACUCAUAACUGUACAAGUUGAGGCCACACCCAUAACCCCAAGAGUCAUAGUGGACCAAAGCAUUGCCAGAAAGGAUGUAGUAUUCCUGCUGGAUGGUUCUGAUGGCACUAGCAAUGGCUUUCCAGCAAUGCGUGACUUUGUUCAAAGAGUGGUAGAGAAACUCACUGUGGAGGAGAACAGAGAUCGAGUCUCUGUGGUCCAGUAUAGCAGAGAAUCAGAGGCCCACUUCUAUCUGAACACUUACACAACAAAGGAAGACGUUGUGGACACCGUAAGAGGCCUGAGGCACAAAGGAGGGAGACCCCUCAACACUGGGGCAGCUCUCCAGUAUGUCAGGGACAAUGUCUUUAUUGCCUCCUCCGGAAGUAGGCGCCUUGAAGGUGUUCCACAGAUUCUGAUACUGCUGAAUGGUGGAAGGUCCUUUGACAAUGUAGAUACACCAGCGUCUGCUCUCAAGGAGCUUGGUGUCUUGGUGUUUGGAAUUGGAACAAGGAGCUCUGAUAGCAGAGAAUUACAAAAAAUAUCCUAUGACCCCAGUUAUGCUCUUUCCGUGUCUGAAUUUACUGACCUCCCCAACGUCCAACAGCAGCUUCUUUCUGCUAUGAGCACUGUCAUUGUACAGGUCACAACCAUGACACCAACAGUAAUACCAACAAUACUAGUUGAGAGUCAGGCUCCCAGGAGGGAUGUCGUGUUCUUGCUGGAUGGAUCUGAUGGCACUAGGAGUGGAUUCCCAGCAAUGCGGGACUUUGUUCAAAGAGUAGUGGAGACACUCGGUGUGGAUGAGAACAGAGAUCGCGUGGCUGUGGUCCAGUACAGUAAAGAUCCAGCAGCCCAAUUCUAUCUGAACACAUACACAACAAAAGGAGAGAUUCUCAACACUGUAAGAGGUCUGAGACACAAAGGUGGGAGACCUCUUAACACUGGAGCUGCUCUCCAGUAUGUGAGAGACAAUGUCUUUACUGUCUCCUCCGGAAGUCGACGCAUUGAAGGUGUUCCACAGUUACUGAUUCUGCUGAGUGGUGGAAGGUCCUUUGACAAUGUUGACACUCCAGCUUCUGCUCUGAAGGAGCUUGGGGUCUUGAUCUUUGGAAUUGGAACAAGGAGCUCCGAUAGCAGAGAAUUGCAGAGGAUAUCACAUGAUCCCAGUUACGCUCUGUCUGUCUCUGACUUCACUGACCUUCCAAACAUCCAGCAGCAACUUCUGUCCUCGGUGGAGGCAGUUGUUAUUGAGGUUACGCCAGAAUCGACAACAGAUUUAGUUGAUCAUGACACCUCCAGAAAGGAUGUGGUAUUCCUUGUGGAUGGUUCUGAUGGCACAAGGAAUGGAUUCCCAGCAAUGCGUGAUUUUGUUCAGAGAGUAGUGGGGAAACUCAAUGUGGGAGGAGACAAAGACCGCGUUUCUGUUGUCCAGUACGGUAGAGAUCAAGAAGUUCAUUUCUAUCUGAACACAUACACCACAAAGGAGGACAUUCUUGACACUGUCAGAAGUCUGAGGCACAGAGGAGGUAGACCCCUUAACACUGGGGCAGCCCUCCAAUACGUACGGGACAAUGUCUUUACUGCCUCCUCUGGAAGCAGAAGCCAAGAGGGCGUCCCUCAGAUGCUGAUACUGCUGAGUGGGGGAAGGUCCAGUGAUAAUGUUGACAUACCAGCUUCUGCCCUGAAAGAGAGUGGGGUCUUGAUCUUUGGCAUUGGAACCAGAAAUUCCAGCAGAGAGGUUCAAAGGAUUGCCACUGAUCCUAGUUUUUCCCAGUCUGUUUCUGAAUUCUCUGACCUCCCCAGCGUCCAGGAGCAGUUUUUCUCCUCACUCAUAACUGUACAAGUUGAGGCCACACCCAUAACCCCAAGAGUCAUAGUGGACCAAAGCAUUGCCAGAAAGGAUGUAGUAUUCCUGCUGGAUGGUUCUGAUGGCACUAGGAAUGGCUUUCCAGCAAUGCGUGACUUUGUUCAAAGAGUGGUAGAGAAACUCACUGUGGAGGAGAACAGAGAUCGAGUCUCUGUGGUCCAGUAUAGCAGAGAAUCAGAGGCCCACUUCUAUCUGAACACUUACACAACAAAGGAAGACGUUGUGGACACCGUAAGAGGCCUGAGGCACAAAGGAGGGAGACCCCUCAACACUGGGGCAGCUCUCCAGUAUGUCAGGGACAAUGUCUUUAUUGCCUCCUCCGGAAGUAGGCGCCUUGAAGGUGUUCCACAGAUUCUGAUACUGCUGAAUGGUGGAAGGUCCUUUGACAAUGUAGAUACACCAGCGUCUGCUCUCAAGGAGCUUGGUGUCUUGGUGUUUGGAAUUGGAACAAGGAGCUCUGAUAGCAGAGAAUUACAAAAAUAUCCUAUGACCCCAGUUAUGCUCUUUCCGUGUCUGAAUUUACUGACCUCCCCAACGUCCAACAGCAGCUUCUUUCUGCUAUGAGCACUGUCAUUGUACAGGUCACAACCAUGACACCAACAGUAAUACCAACAAUACUAGUUGAGAGUCAGGCUCCCAGGAGGGAUGUCGUGUUCUUGCUGGAUGGAUCUGAUGGCACUAGGAGUGGAUUCCCAGCAAUGCGGGACUUUGUUCAAAGAGUAGUGGAGACACUCGGUGUGGAUGAGAACAGAGAUCGCGUGGCUGUGGUCCAGUACAGUAAAGAUCCAGCAGCCCAAUUCUAUCUGAACACAUACACAACAAAAGGAGAGAUUCUCAACACUGUAAGAGGUCUGAGACACAAAGGUGGGAGACCUCUUAACACUGGAGCUGCUCUCCAGUAUGUGAGAGACAAUGUCUUUACUGUCUCCUCCGGAAGUCGACGCAUUGAAGGUGUUCCACAGUUACUGAUUCUGCUGAGUGGUGGAAGGUCCUUUGACAAUG